AUCAUGGCCGAAAUUGUCGCGAUAGUUUUGAAAGGUUUAAGCCUGCUUGUACAAUCUGGAGGAUACUGCAUGAAGUGCUAUGAAAACAAAUAUUGUUCACGGUGGUGUUGCUGUUGUCGUAAAGAGAAAGUUGGCCCCAGCGACAACGAUAAUGGUACAACCGAUCCUAACAAUGGUGAGAAAUCCAACAAGUCCACGAAAGAAGAACAAGUCACGACUAAAGAACAAGCCACCACUAAAGAACAAGCCAUGACUAAAGAAAAAGCCACGACUAAAGAACAAGCCACGACUAAAGCACAAGCCACGACUAAAGAACAAGCCACGACUAAAGAACAAGCCACCACUAAAGAACAAGCCAUGACUAAAGAAAAAGCCACGACUAAAGCACAAGCCACGACUAAAGAACAAGCCACGACUAAAGAACAAACCACGACUAAUGAUAAAGCCACUACUAACGAUGGUGAAUUACAUCCUGACAAAUAACAGGUAUAAAGAGACUGGUAUCAAGAGUAGACAAAAAACACGACACAACUGUCUUCUUCAUAAUGAGUUUCAACAUGCAACUUUCAUGAUUCAUUAAAUUCAGAUAUCAUGCCAUU